CACUUACUUCUCAUGCAAAGUGGUUUGCACUGAGAAGCCGUUGAUAUCAAUACUAAGUUCGAUGCACUCACUGGUCGACCCCCCGGCCGGUGAUAUUGCCGCCCAUCGCCACCGCUUCUGAUAUGAUUAUAACAUUUGCAUUAAUGUUAAUAAUGAUACCAUUCUUCUGGUUGUUUGUGACAAUUCUUCAUUUUCCUCCACUUUUCAUAAUCACAUUAUCCAUUGUCGGCAUCUUUUGGCCUAUAUUUCCCGCAAUUGCCGGACAUUUGCUAAUCUAUUCGUUGUUUUUGUCGCUAAUGUUUUACAUGUUUUUGUUGAGACUCAUCGACAGUCCAGACAUUUGUGACAGCGUUUUGAGACUCAUUAGUAAAUCCAAAGCAAACCAUAAUCUCAUUUCAUUUGACUCUCCGCUCGAAGACUCGGAUGUCCUCCAAGAGAGGCGUGAAGUGAACGCCGUUUUGCAAAACAAACACAAAAGUCCAAUUCUUUUGAUCCACGGCUUGACUAAAGUGUUCCGCAAAUCACGGCUUUUCGGUCUCUUGCCGUCGGACUCGACGCCCGAAAUAGCGGUCAAUAAAUUCGAGGAAAAUGUGUGGAAAUUAUGUGAAUAUAUCGCUAAUAAUGAGAGCAAUUGUCUCAACGAUUGUUUUGUUGUCUUCAUAUCUAAUGAACAGAAAAUGAUACCACUUUGGAGGCAAAAGGCUGGCGAUGAGCGCAGGGAUUAUCUCUGUGUUUGGGAUUAUCAUGUAUUUAUUGGAUUUUUUUAUUUUUGUUUUAAAUUUUCUAAAUAUUUUCACAGCACUGGUAGCCAUAGAGCGCUGGUAUACGACAUGGACUCUACCCUUGAGUUUUCCCUCGAUUUUAGCACAUAUUCUGGCCUUACAUUCAGAGACGAGACGGCAAUACGUGAUGAAUAUCACCGACGGUUUCGCGUAAUUGAGGCCCAAAUCUAUUUGACAACAUUUGCCUCAAACCGGUCUCAUAUGCGACGACCCGACGACUCCUGGAUUAAGGAUCCGCCACUUUAUCCCUGUAUUAAGACUAAUGAAUGCGAUCAUAAUCUCGACGGCUUUAUAUCAAUGGAUUGCCACCGAUUCGCCAUCGGAUCCGUACUCGACAUCAAUCAAUUCAACCAUCAAUUUGAUCCCAAGAGCUGA